GCAGCGAUCAGCUGAGUCCCAGUCACAUGACUCCGCGACUUCCGGCAGCUGAGGUUGCUCCGCAUGUGCUAGUGUGGGGAGCCCCGCCGGGCUGCGCCCCCAGCCCCAUGCUCCUCCUGAGUCUGCUUCUGUCUCUGGCCCCGUCUGGGCUGCGUGGGGAGGAGACCCGCCAGGUGUAUCUGGAGGUGCCGGGCUGGCCGGACCGCCCCCAGAACCUGCUUCAUAUCCGGGCGGUGGGCCCCAACUCCACCCUGCACUACGUGUGGGGCAGCCUGGGGCCUCCAGCAGUGGUGCUGGUGGCCACGAACACCCCCCACAGUGUCCUGCGCAUCGACUGGACCCGCCUACUGUCCCCUGAGCCAGAGGGGGGCCUGGCUGUGCUCCCCAAGGACAGCAUCCAGUUUUCUUCUGCUCUCAUCUUCACUAGGCUGUUGGAGUUUGAUGGCUCGGACUCAGCAGAGCCCCCGGGGAAGCCCUAUGCCCCUUACCCCCUGGACGAGUUCUCCUGGAACAACAUCACCGACUCACUGCAUCCUGCCACCCUCAGCGCCACCUUUCGGGGCUACCCUAAACAUGACCCAGCUGGGGCUUUUGCCAAUGGCAGCCUGGCCUUCAGGGUCCAGGCCUUUGACAGAGCCGGCAGACCCACUCGGCCCCCUCGCCUCCUGCACACAGCAGACACCUGCCAGCUAGAGGUGGCCCUGGCUGGGGCCUCUCCCCGAGGGAACCACUCCCUGUUUGGAAUCGAGGUGGCCACCUUGGGUCAGGGCCCUGGCUGCCCAGUGAUUCAGGAGCAGCGUUCCAUCGACGAUGAGUAUUCACCUGCUGUCUUCCAGCUGGACCAGUUGCUGUGGGGCUCCCCGCCAUCUGGCUUUGUGCAGUGGCGCCCCGUGGUGUUCUCCCAUGAGCAGGCGGACCGAGGCUCGGCCCUGUCCUGCCGGGCUUCCCCACUUCACCCCACCCUGGCACGCGCUCUUCCCCGGUCAUCUGUUGUCCGAGCCUUCUUUGGGCCCCAGCAAAGCUACUGCACCUUCAACCUGACAUUCGGGGCUUCCACGGGCCCUGGCUACUGGGACCAACACUACCUCAGCUGGUCUCUGCUUCUGGGAGUGGGCCCCCCACCAGUGGAUGCCUUGUCCCCUCUCAUCCUGGGAAUCAUGGCCGUGGCCCUGGGCACUCCAGGGCUCCUGUUGCUGGGGUCAGGCCUGGCCCUGCUCCUGCGCCGCAAGCCACCCUCAGAGUACCGGUCCAUAACCUGAGGCCCCCUCCAGGGAGGGCAUGGCGGCUGGGAGGUCAAUGUUCCCAGCCCUUUUCCCUUGACCAUCUUGCUUUUCUGCAGAACCUCAGGGACCAGCUUCAACUUUUUUUUUUUUUGGUACCCAGGAUCAAACUUUGUUCCUUGCACUUGUGAGGCAGGUGCAGAAGCACUGAGCUAAACCCCCAGCCCCAGCCUCAACUUCUGAGGACCCCCAGGUGGGGCUUCUCAUACACACUGGGGAGGGAUCAGCACUGUUGCUGAAAGAAGGUCUCCUCUGUGUUGCCUCCACGUGUAGUCACUCCCUCCAAACCCUUUUUCGAGCUGGAUAUAGUGGUGCAUGCCUGUAAUCCUAGCACUGAGGAGGCUGAGGCAGGAGGAUCACCAUGAGUUCCAGGCCAGCCUGGGCUACAUAGUUCAAGGCCAAUCCAAACUGCGUAAACCCAGGCCCCUUUCCAUUGGAUGACAUUCAAAGGUGAAAGGAGUGUCCAGCUGGCUGUCUCUGCAGGCAUGAAAUAGAAUUAUGUUUUCACAAGG